AUGGGUGUAGUGGAUGAUGUGCUGCAGCGCACGCGUUUGCACGUGGCGCAGCGUCGACUGCGCCUAGACGAUUUCUUCAUGGACUUUGACAGCCUCCGAUCGGGCCGCAUCACCGCCGCACAGUUCCGCCGCGCCCUUGCCGUUAACCACAUUGAGCUCAACGAGGAGGAGUUCGCCGCACUCGCAAGUGCGUUUGCCGCCCCUGCGGUCAACCACACGGCUAGCGUCAGUGGCCCGCGCGCGGACGCGGCUGACGUGUCUUACCUGGCGUUCCUGCAGGCACUUCGCGCGGAGGACCCGCCGGCGGAGCUGCUGACGACUCUGGGGCGCAAGGCGAAGGUGCUCUCCGCCGAAGAGGAGCACACACUGGAGGCGGCGAUCCGCUCACUGCGCCACGCGGUGCGGGUGCGCGGGCUACAAAUGCGCAAGGCCUUUGAAGAUUUUGACCCGUUCCGCAGCGGCAAGGUAACUGCGUCGCGGUUCCGCCGCUGCCUCCCGUUCGAGACGAUGCGGGAGGAUGUGCUGCAGCUCAUCAUCAAGAAGUACGGCAACGAAGAUGGCGAUGUACUCUACGCGGCGUGGUGCAGAGACCUCGACGACGACACUGACUCGCCGAAGGGGGCGACGGGUUCCGCGGGCUGCUCGCCCUUCACGUCGCCACGCGGCCGGACUGAACCGCUCUCUGUCGAUGAGCUUGUGCGCGUGCUGCGGGAGCAGUUCGCCAUGUACCGCCUGCGCUGCGACGACUACCUGCGGGACUACGACCACUUCAGAACGGGAUUUGUGACGGCGCCACAGUUUGAGUCGGCGCUCGGACGACUGCGUUUCGUUAACUUCCGACUCACAGCGGACCACAUCGACACACUGGCGCGGGCGUACACUGACGCCGCGUGGGAGUCCACUGACAGCGGCACUAACGAGGAAGUGUUUCCACGGGUCAACUACGUGCAAUUCCUCGCUGACACGAACCCGCGCCGCGAUGAUACUGCACUGGGUGCGACCAAUUACUACGAAGAGACACGAAACGCUGGUCAGUUCCUCGGUGACGCCAGCAAUGAAGAAUACCAGCGCGCCGAGGCAGUAGUGAACAAGGUGCGGCAACUGGUUCGCUCCAACCGAAUCCAACUCAUUCCUACACUACACGACUUCGACCGAGUGCGGAAGGGCAUUUACGAACAUCGCACCUGCACCAAGUCUCGCUUUGAGCGCUCGCUGGCCACCAACAAGAUCUUCUUGAAGCCUGAGGAGCUCGCGCUCCUUGUGAAGCAAUAUGUCAUUCGAAGCGCGGACGGCAGUCCCGGCGAUGAGGUAAACUACUACCAGUUUGUUAUGGAUGUUGACCAGGCGCACAAACCAGAGCUCAAGCCUGCGCGCCUGUUUCAAUCCUCGGCCGUGGCAGAGUUGCAGAAAGAGGCGGAGGGCAUGCGGCCCCCGCCAGCCGACACUGUGCCGGCAGUACUCGCGAAGGUGGCUGCGCAGGCGGAGGAGCGGCAACUUCGCGUCAACGAGUUCUUCAUCGACUUUGACCCGCUGCGCAGCGGCAUUGUGCAGACGGAGAAGUUCGCCGUGGCGCUCGGCAUUGCCGGCUUGCAGCUGCAUCCGCAUGAGCUAGAGAUUUUGCAGACGGAAUACAAGUCCACUAAGGCGCGUGACCACAUCGACACGAACCGUUUUUGCGCCGAUGUCGGGGAGAUUGCACCGACUGUCGUGCCCUCUGUCACGACGAAGUUUAACUUCACGGCGUCCCGAAGCAUGACCGGUGCCGCUGCGGCGAUGCUGAAAGACGCGGUCACGACACCCGCCGACAAAUUCACCGAAACCGAACGCGAGGAGCUGCGGCGCCUCCUCGCCCGCCUCCGGCACGAUGUCGCCGCCCACCACGCGCUGCUGGCACCGUUCUUCACCGAUUUUGACCGCUUCCACCGUGGUAAGAUACUGCGGUCCAACUUUCUUCAGGCCCUCGCGCGCCACCGCUUCGUGCUGACGCCGGCAGAGACACGGCUGCUGUCGCGCUACUAUGCGUCGCCAGAGGACACGGAGCUGAUUGAGUACCUGCGCUUUGUGCGCGACGUCGGCCACAACGAGGCGGCAGUGGCGAGCCCGCGGGAGGCGCCCAACUCAAUGCGCUCGGAUGUGGGCAUGACAACGAUGCGAGUAAUGGACGGCGGCGUGUGCGACGAGCUGGUGGACGAGGGUCUCGUGGAUCAAGUCUUGACAAGGAUUUGCUGCUUUCUGCAGGAGCGCAACGCGCGACUCGCUGAGUUCUUCCCUGACGGCGAUGAGCUGAGACACCGCCACGUGACGAACACCCGCUUCCGGCAUUGCGUGUCGAUAUUGGGUCUCGACCUCACGGAGGAGGAGCUGCGCGCUCUCGAGACGGCCUUCGCCCACCCGGAGCUGCAAGGUCAUGUCGACUACCCGGCGUUCGUGUCGGUUGUGUCGGAAAAGCUCAGGGCGGGUGUAGGCAUAAUGGCAGUAACGCAGCGCCGCCGAGGGUUGGGCCCUCUUACUGCCGGUUCCGCCGCUUCUACUGCUGGUAGUGCUGCUGCUGCUAUGGUGCCCAAUUCGGUUUCUUCGGGUGAUGAUGCGGCAUGUGGUGCGCAGAGUGCUGUGAAAAGCCUCGAGGACGCGCAGACAGAGCUCUAUAAAUCGGCGAUAGACACUGUGCGCCGCACGCUUGCCUCGCGACGCUCUGUUUCCCUUCCGGCGUUCCGGCAGUACGACCGUACACGUAAGGGCUUUGUGAAGGAGGGACAGUUCUUCGCGACGCUCAUGUCUCUCGGUGUGCAGCUGAGCCCGGCGCAGUCGGACGCCCUGCGGAAGGUGCACAGCAUAGGCGGUGGGGGGAUUGGGUACACGAAAUUCUCGCUCAUUACGGAUGAUCAACGCUUCGCCUAA